GUCGUUGGCAGCAGUGGCGGGCGGAGGUGAGAGUGGGCGUGAAGCGAGUGUUCAACGCUGAGGGUGAAACAAGCCGCUAGAAGACUGCGUGUGAAUAAUGUUCAAUAGCGCUAGUAUUUGUGUACCAGUACUUUGGCAUAAUUACCACUGACACUGCAAUAUCACCACCCUGUAAAUGGGUGGACGUGUUUUACGUGCAAAGUGUGAACACGGUGGUAGGAUAUAAGUGAGUUUUGGUUUUAUUCUCGUGGUUUUAAACUGAAAAUUAAAUUUUAGCAAAGAAAUUUUUUUGUCCUACUGGAAUCUGAAGAGGAGCAGAUAUUUACUUCCACACUCACCGACGUGUGGUGUAGUGGGGUAGAAGAAACCCCUACAGUCGGUACAGUAACUGCAAGAACAUCAUAUUCAUUGACUUCCUCCUGCAACUGGUUGGAGGCUGUAGAAAAAUAUCUACUGGUCAUCUACCUGUUGGCAUACAUGCUGGGGGUUCUGAAAAGACGUUGGAAGCCCAAGAGACACAGCGCGGUGGUAGGUGAUGGCGCAGGCGCCCACAGCAGCGACCAGGCGGUCUGAGUCCGACGCUGCAGCAAGUUUCACUUUUGCGGACUUUUGUGACAAGCACGUUAGGUUUUGCUACAUAAUGAGUGGCAAGAAAUUCACUCGAGAUGAGGAAGUUAAGCUGGUGGAGUUCGUGGCUUACAAUGAAUGUCUCUGUCAUCGAUCUAAUGAAGACUACAAAGAUACAGAGACACAAAGGACAGCAUAUGAAAAGAAAUAUCCAGGAAUAUGGAGGAAAAGAGCGACAAGGAUUGCAAGAAAAGAUGUCGUUCAAUCAAAGCCUCGUGGAAGAGAAUGGUAAUAGAAGGAAAGGAAAUGUGCAGGUUCGGCUGUCCAAUCCAAACGUUGCGAGUGACCUCCUGCAAACGUUCUUACCUUUCUGUCAUGGACGGAAGAAGGGCGUCCAGUGGGCGUCGCGUAGGGCAGGGUAAGGCGGAGCCUGCUGUACAGAGUGAUGCUGACAACAAGUCACUUCGGACCACCGCAUCGCCUAGGCAGAUCCAUCCUGUAUGCGAAGACAGAGCACAGCUGCUCGCGUACGAGAACAAACCGUCGUCGGCAGUAAUCCUAGCGACGUCGCCGUCACUACCCCUCGACCCCCCCAGCUACCCUGCACCACCACCUCUACCGACAUACCCACUCACCCCCAACAUAUGCGUCGAGGGAGGACGAAUCGAGUUCAUCAAAACGCCACCUGAUGUCGCUACAGACCGAAAAUUUCCACCGACGCCGUCGCCAUCUUCGUCGUCAUUGUCCUCUCAGCAGGCGCAGACCGUGACGCGUGCGCAACAGACGGUCGCUGAAGACGAGAAGACCGACGUCGCUAAGGAAAGUCUGGAGGCCCGAGUCCUGGAGCUGGAGCGAGCUCUUGAGGCCGAGCAGAGGAACGGUCAGAAGGAGCGAUUGGCACUGACGCGACUCCAGCGACAGCUCGCCAGGAGGGAGGCGCUACAGCGCGAUGUGGAUCGCGAGAGGCGACUGCGGCUGGACACUGAGGUGCGGCUACGAGACUCCGCGAGUGAGACCGAGCGUUGCCGGGCGAGGCUGGCAAGCCUCCAGCGCGAGUUCGGCAGGAUGGAGGAAACUCUGCGGACCAUGUUGCAGUACAAGGCGCGCAGUGAGCAACUGAAAGAAGAGAAAACCUGUCUUACCGUCGCGUACGAGACGCGCAUCCACCAGUUUCAAAACAGCAUUACCGAGCUGGGGCAGGAGAACGAGGCACUCAGGAAGAAGAUCUGCGCCCUAGAAGCUGCAGGUUCUGGCGAGGUGCAGAACACGCUGUUGGAAAGGCUGCGCGUUCUGGAGGUGGAGAAUUCUACCCUGACGAGGGACGCCGAGCUACAAAGGCGACAGUACGAACGGUGCCUGGAUGACGUCGCGAACCAAGUAGUACGCGCCCUGCUCACUCAGAAGGGUCUGCGAGAGGAAAUUGGCAUCUUACAAAGACGUAUCAAGGACCUGGAAUCCCAGAACCGCGCACUGGCCUCUGUACUGGUGCAGCAGUUGCAUCAAGCUUCCCCCGUCUUGGUGCCUGGGGACACCGUCGGCGUCAGUAAAGCGUCGACUGCAGACGCCGAGGACGAGCCAUCAGUGGGGUACAGUCCCACUGCAAAUUCAGCAUUGUCCGAGUUAUACGCCCCGAGCAGCUGUGCUGCAGAAACUCCCAUGACUUCGGACACAUCCAUGUCUACCCAAAUCAGUAGCGACAUUGUGACUCCGGAUGAUGAUCUGCUCAAGAGAUGGCAUCACCAGCAGGCGAUCACCCCGACUAGCAGUGACCUGGCGACACCAGACGAUGACGUACCAAAAUCAUGUCUGCGGAAGCAACAGGUGACUCCAACCAGCAGUGACCUGGCAACGCCUGAGGAAGACACAGUGAAGACCAGUAAGCUGAGGAAACACCAACAUCAUGUGUUGGGAAAGGACUGUCCAAUCAACUCCAUAGAGCAGGUGGCGUCCACUGGAGCCCUGUUCACGAGCCUGAAGACUGCGGGUUUUGUGGAUCCUAGCAUGCUGUGGCUUCCUCUCCAGAGGCCACGGUCACUCAACCUUCAGCUUCACGGCACCACUACCAGUCAGCAGGUAGCAGCCCUGGCAGCUGUCACAGCUGGCAAGUGUUGCCAACAUCGCCGCAGUAGGCCUCUGAUUGCUCAAGUGUCUGGCAGCAAAGUGCCCUCCGUUAUCAUCGGUAAUAACAACGCCAUAUUGAUGGAGGACGAGGGUAGCGAGAGUCCUGAGAGUGGAAACCGCGAUGAAGGUUACUCCACAAUGUCCAGUGAUGUGCAGGGUGAGGCACUUCGUUCAGGAGAUCAGUCCACCUCCAUCACCACGUCUUGCACCAAUGGGGACAUCCUCCAUCGCAGGGGGCUGGAGGAUCUCAAGGAAGCCACCGACGAGACCGACGUGUCGGCUGUCGUGGCUGUUUCUGGGACAGGCGGAAACACUGCUUCAUUGCCAACAGCACUUGUUGUAGACUGCGGUGGCCCUGGUGCUGCAACAUCACCCAGCACUGUAGGCAGACUUCUGGUUGUGGAAGAUGUUCGUGAUCCUGACGUACUUUACAUACCUCUCGGUCUUGCAUUGGGUCUUAGUACCGGAAACCCACGCCACAGCUUCCCACCUUCCCACGAUCUCCUCCCAUAUCAGCAUAUCAUGAGGAGCUUUUCUGACUCUCACCUGUGUCUCAAAAUCACAACUGCUUCAACUCCUUCGCCUGUUAAUAACCAGCAACACUCUUCAUUUUCAUUAUCAUCGACUGCAUCGUCAUCACCAUCUGUACUUGUACUUGAUGUUUUAACAUCAGGGAGUACAGGAGAAGCGACUCAGAAACAGUCUCAUCCUCUGAGAAGAACAAAGGCAACAACAAGCUUGUUGCCAACAGCCCUUAGUGACCAACAAGAAUCUCUAGAGGAAGACGACACACACAGCAAUAGUGGCAGUUGGUGCAGCAGCGGAGAUAUAGUCGUGGAGGGAUGCUGGUGGGACACCGACUACGUGCAGCACUGGCUCCGGCUGGACGAUACCCGCAGCGCACUCCAGCAGCAACACAGGGACUUGAUGGAGCUUGAGUAUGAUCAUGCAGAACUAGAGGACUGGAGCAUGUCAUUGUCAUGUGAGGACAUUACCUCAUCGACAGCAUCUGUGGCAUCAGGUGUGGCAUCAUCAACUGACUCCUCCUCUUGGAGGCGAUCGGGUACAGCAGUAAAUGAAAACCUGACUCCAGGACAACAGUAUGGAAUGAUGCUACCUAGUAUUCAGGAGAAUAAUGCUCUGGAACUGGAGGAAGAUUCCAGUGAAUGUCUUUGGAAUAAUGCCAGCUAUCUCAUUGACCACAGAAAUGGUGGUAGAGAACUGAUGACAUUAUUGAUGGAUGACGGGGAUCAAAAUGGAGAUAACAGUGCGGGACAGAAAAGCAGUUGGCCCUAUAGUAAUGGAAACAAUGGUGGGAUUUGUGGAGGAAACUGCAGCUUAGCCUCUCCUGGAGGCAGCUGGUCAAGUACGGGAACAAAUUCAGAAGAGUGCUGUCAUUCAUAUGAGUGCUCUUACAAUGGUUGUAGUGGCAGUGGGCCAGGUGGCUGCCAAGAAAAUUCAUCUAAACGCUCCUCAGCAGCUAUGAGUGGCUGCAGUGAUGACGCAGCAAGCACAGAGUCACCAGCUGUUGUCGGAACUGAUUUUACCCGCGACUUCUACCGCCUUGUAAAAUUUGAAAGUACAAAGUCUCUCGCCUCUUUAUCAUCAAGAAGUCUGGCAGGUGGCGCGUGCGUGUCCGACGCCGGCGGGUCUCUCUCGUGGCGCCAGGGUCCCGACCUACCCCAUAUGUCCAACAUGCCUUUCUCUCAGGAUCGUGAACAAGCUCUGCAAAGCGUCCUUAACUUCAUAGCAGAGCAGCAACAGUAUUGUGCAUCCCGUGAAGAGCAGGAUUCUGGUAAGGAACAAAAUAGUACAAAUUCCUUGGACAGACCUGGAUCACAGGGUUACGAUAGUUGUCAGAGAAGCAACGAAUAUGAUCUUGUUGUCUGUCAAGGCCAGCAAAGGCGCUUAGUAUCGACAGAAUCGGAAACCAAAGACGAAUCAGGCGUAAGGCUACAAUUGCGUUCUCCUGCAGCAAAUUCUGCCUCUAACAGUAAUGUUGAUGGUCAGGUUUUGCCAGACAGAAGCAAUCAGUGCCCUGAGGAAAACUGCUCAAAGACAGAUACACUUGCCUCACGCACCUGCACAGAUUUACAAGAUGAUGAAAAGACUGUUCGUGGUGAUGAGGAAGCAACAAGGAAUGCUGAUGACUUUGAAGAGCAGAUUCACACCAUCAUAGAGCUGGAUACAAGAGACCACCAGGUGUACACUUCUCCCCUGGAAGAGAAUGAGAUUCAAAACUCAUCAAACAAGAAGGGAAGAUGUUCGGAGGUGGAACUCAAUGAACAGAACUCAUCCUCGACAAAGAAAAUGCAGCACAAUAAUAAUAAAGUUAUUCAUGAAAUAAAACAAGAACAGUGUAUAAAUUUAAAAGAGAUGUUGAAACCUGACUAUCAGGACACUUACGUUGAAGGAGAGGGGAGUGGCGAAGAAGGUAUAUGCCUCACAAUGCAAGCCUAUACUGCAAAAGUUGAAGCUUCUUGUCUGUUGAAAGAGAUGCAACAGCAGUCUGAUGACCACAAGCCCAGCACUAAUAAUUCGCAAGCCGAAUUUGAUGGCCAGGUUAGUAAAAUCAGUUCUGGUAACAAUUUGCUAAACAAGGACAAGACUGACAGCGGAGAAUCCCAGGCUGUGAAACAAAAAUUUGUGGGAGAUGAUGUCACAGAAAUUGAAAGUGUACAAGAACAAAUUAGUAAAGACAGAGAGAAUGAUACUGAUGAUACAGAUGAUCAUGUCAGAUCUAUGUGUCAUCCUGGCGGUUCACAGUUGAUAUUGGGGCAGUGUUCCAAAGGAUUGGCGCACAAUCUGCAGUGCAGUGUCGUCGGUGUGGGAUGUUGUCGAUCUGGGGAAGUGUUAGUGACUGUGAUAGAAGAGGAAGACGAACAUGCAUCAUCUAUUGAAACAAAAUCAAUGACUUCUACCGUGUCUACUCCCGAUACUGUAGUGAGUCCAGCCACACGCAGAACCCAACAGCAGCAUUCAUUAGACUUAUCGGUGUCUCAGACAAGCAUUGCUGGCAGUAUUAGUUCAGGAAGCAGUGGUAAUAGUGUGAUUGUAACAGAUGCAUCUGUACAUGCCUGGGCAGUGAGUUUUCACGAUCGAGCCACCUCCAAAGACGUGAUCGACGAGCUGAACAGAAUGAUACGUAAGGGUGAGGAUGGUGCAAUUUCAGUGUCCAGUGGAAGUUCUGGUACUGUUGCAACAGGCAGCGAAGGAGACGCGGCCACUGCAAUUGGAGCGUCGAAGCUUGAUCUGGCCUGCUGUUGUCCUACUGGAUGGGUCCAUGUGGAGCGCGAUAUAGACUUUACUGAUCCUAAGGCACGAGCAAAUCUUCUAGAUGUGAUGCUAGCAUCGAGUGGCAGCUCGGGAGCAAGCAGUAACAGCAGUAAUAGUAGCGACAGUGGCGAUGAGCCUGCAGACUACCAGCACCUACAUAGACUGCAUAGGUUUCGCCGACAGAAGAAAGCGUCGGCUACCAGAGAGCAGCUGGGAGUGCUGCGGUACCCCACUUCAACUCCGCGCCCAUCUAUCAUUGGGCGAGAUGAUUUCUUUGUGCGCUAUGGUGACAAGGAGCGAGAGGCUGUCGCAAGCUUUGACUUUCUAGAGGACAUCUCGACAACAUCAGUAAGUGGCGCCUCUUCCUGCGAUACACUUGGCUCAUGCCAGAAACUGCCUGCAGCCCCUCAGCAAUUACCCUCCAGACUACAGACCCAACAGCAGCUGCAACCUCCCAAGAAACAACCAUCGCAGUCGGAACCAGAAAUUAUAACUCCUAGCAGUGAGGAUAGCGAUGAUCGAACAGGAGGGCAGUUGUCAUUCAGUGACUCUUGUGCUGCUAGCUUCUCAGGUUCCUCAGUCAGUCUUGAAAACCAGGAAGAGUAAUUGGCUGGCUUAAGUGGAUUUUGGUUCCCAAAGGCUUGGACACAAGCCUCAACUAGUCCCAGUAACAGUUAACCACUAGGCCUAUUUGUAAAUUUUCUUCAAUAUUAACCCCAAACAUUGGCAAUUUUAUUGAGUUUCAAACAUACUAUCUCCUCAUCAGAAUAAAAUCACAUGCAGGCUAUAUAUAUAUAUAUAUAUAUAGAUAUUAAUCAAAAGCUCAAAAGUAUUUUGUGGUCACACUGAAUUUUUCUGACAUGAUCAGAUUCCUGGCUAAAUAUGUCUCUACUUGGAAUUGUAUGCAGAACAGAGUUGUCAUUUUCUUAGACAUUUUUCAGAAUUAAGGAACAGUUGAAUAAAUUCAUCCUGACAUGUAUGAAAUUUAAAGGUCGCAGAAGUACAUACAAGGCUCCUGUAACAUCAGUCCAUAUAAAACAGAGUCACUUCUCUGCAUAUUCUUUUGUGAAUGAAGAUCCAAGCUUUAAAAAUUAAUAUAAAGAUACAGGGUCAUCCAGCAGGAGACAUUUACAGCCCCCGGCACUCCCGCAUUGGCCACCUUUUACACACACGCACUUGUCUAAUGUUCAAUACUAAUUUAAGUAGGCUAUAGUCAUUGUUAGGAAAAGUUGAAUAAGAUGUUGAGAAGAUUAAAGAAAUAAUUCACACUAUAAAUUUUACAAAUAGACUAAUUUAACUUUAUACUAGUAUAAGUUAAAUAUGUAGAAAUAUAAUACAUGUUCAGAGAACAAAAAUAAAAAUAAAACAUAAAAUUCUUACUUCGUAAGGUACCCAUUCUCCACUUCAUAGGUUGUCUCUGUGCUUGAAUGCAAAGGUGGGUUUGUAAUUCUGCAUAAAUUUUAAUGCAACAAAAAACAAAUAUUUAUGAAAGAAAAAGGUUUCCAAAACUAAGAAAAAAGUUGAACCCUAUGUGCCAGCGAUUACAUGGUCUAUGUUUAAUGUCUUCAGCAGUUUUAAGGCGCACAUUUUAAAAGGGAAAAUGCCAGACACAUAAAGCAGAAAUAUGGGAAUUAAUUUCUUUCACAUUAUUCAUAUGUUCUGAAUAUUUAAUAUAAAUCAUUGGACCCAAUUAAAAUUAUAUAAAUCAGAUUGUAAAGUAAAUUCUUAGAAUUCAGGCGCACACGAUACCCGUCUUCAACCUUACUUUGUAAACAGACAGUAAAUAAUUCUCCAUGCUGUGGCCAUUGUGUGUCAUGGACCUACUUUCCCUUGAAAUGGUAAAGUAGAUGUAAUU